AUGACGACUGAUCUAUCAUCUAAACAAGAAGAAUUUAUUCUUUAUUUGCAUCGAACAAAUUCAACAAAACAUUUCCAUUUAAUGAUAUCUAUUGAAAACGAAAUAGAUAAUUGUGUUAAAACGAAAGAAAGUGAUAUAGCAAAUAUAGUUAACCGUACAUAUAAAACUGAAUACAGCGGUGAAGCAGUUCAAAUGUUAUUAAAUUUAUAUAAAACUUACAGUUUAGAUUUAUUUUCACUCAAAAAUGUUAAACAAUUAAUUAAUGAUUAUGUUAAUGACGUCAACUAUUCAACAGAUACAACUCUGCAUAAUUUAAAACCGUUCACAAAUGUUUGUCUGCGGUGUAAUAAAGCAUUAAAUAUUCAGUUUAAACAAAUUGUUAAUGUGUAUACAAAUGAUAAUGUUGAAAAAGGUGCAAUUUAUCAAGGUGAAUGUUGUGGUAUAACAUACAGUCCAAAUACAUAUACUACAGAUAAUAAACGUUAUAUUCUACCAGAUGGCAUAUAUCAGCAUCGGUAUUUUUAUUUGAAUGGAAAAAGUGUCUAUACAAUAAAUUUGUUAUUACGGUAUUCUGCUGAUUUACUGCAUAUGUAUUGCGGUUUUGAAAAUUUCUGUAGUGCAUACAAUAAAGCAACAAAUGAUGCAUUACUACAAAAUAAUGGUAUUAUAAAUAAUCGAGGUGGUAAACAAAAUUGUUUAGAGCGGAGAACAUUUCAAAAUGGUUGGUUGUUAUACCAAACAACAUUAUUUCAUUUUUCUACAUGUUAUGAAACAAUAUUACAAUUGCCAAUGAAUAUUAGCGAUUCAGUUGAACGUAAUGCUUAUUUUAACACAAAUUAUAUUAAAUGGUUAACAAAUUUCACGUUAUUUUGGUCCGGUCAUAAAAAUAAAAAUGUUUGUAAAGAUAA